CUCGUUCUCAACACUCUUUAUGCCUAGGUAUAUUGCAUAUUUAGGUCUAGUUUUGUUACAAGAAGCCGUGAUGGCGCUGAUCGUUACAUCACUUUCAAAUAUCAAGACCUACCAGUUUCCAUCCCUUUGGCCAGAUCUACUUGAAGCAGCUCUCAGCCCCAUCAUUAUCUCACACAUACUGAUCACUGGUUACCUAUCUACUUGAUCCAUCACCAACGUGACCUGAUUCAUAGAUGCGGGUGCUUUCGAGCUGCGGUCUGUAUAUAGGAAGUUGAAGCUAGAUCGUUGAUUUACAGUACUACUAGGCGCUAAAGCAUCAUAGCGAAAAAGCAGAUAUAGUUGCGAUUCGGCAUAUUAAAUUGCAUCAUCAUGUGUGAGGGCGACAAGCAACCAACGUAUGUGGAGAAUUGA